UCAGUUCUCGUCGAGACGGUAAGCGGUGAGGAUGUGGUUGUGUCGGUGCUUGGUUAGUUACACACACGCGUCGAUUUCGCAUCGGAAUAUACCCUGUUCGUUGUGGUAAUAAAUAAAACAGAAAAAAGUACGAUAAUUUCAAUGGAAAUGAACGAGCAACGACGUCAAACGAUUAGCGUUUGAGGAACGAUCGGUGCGGAAUAUUAUUUCCGGUAAAAACUCUGUGCGUUCGCUGUUUCGUCCGGCCCUUAAAGUGUUGUGGUUGGUUUUUAACUACAGGAUAAAUAAUCGCAGACAAAAUGGGAUAUAUUGGACCGUUUGUGGCUAAUAAGAGAUUCAUAUUCCUCAAGACUGUGAUUAGAAAGAAUAAAUUGCUCCUACAACGUCAAUGACAAAGUCGUGACAUAUCUGCCCGCUACUUUGUGCUUGUUGGAAGUUUUUUAUCUUAAGAAUAAUAGACUCAUCGUGUGUUUUACGCAACGUGCAUGCCUGCACGUUAGUUCGUUUGUUAACCAUAUUUUGUGAUAAUCCUGACAAGGAUAAUAUCCGCCUUCGUAAACGUCUAUAUACUUUGUCUGACAAACAAAAUUGGACAGACGUCAAUCUGACCCCCGGACAAUUGUUUGAAUAUAACUUCAACUUCGACCUCUGUUCCGUAAUUUUAUAAAAUAUCCAUUAGUGCGUAUAACAAGCUUUAAACUUUCUUAACACGGAAUUUAACUGAUAAAUUGAUUUUAACACCGGCAAGUGAUCUUAACAAUUGCAUUGAUUGGUCGUGAACUGAAUUGAACUAUAUGAACAUUUUUUCCUCGGUUCUCAAUCUUUACUAAUAAUAUUAACCGAAAGUGGUUGGAUGAUUAAAGUUGGAUAUAAAUGCGUAAUACUUAAUCGUGACAAAACAGGCUUUGAAACAAAAAAAGAAAAUAGAACCUUAAUAUCCUUUUAUAAAUAAAGUAAUAUUUUAAUACAUUGUUAUCAUCCGAGUUGUUUGAAGCGUAUGUAUAAUAAAAUAAAGUAUAAAUAAUAAAGUCUGAUACUUAGUGCCAAAGACUGCAGUGAAGCCAAAAAGUAUACACUAUAAUAUUAUGUAACCAAACAACGUAUGUGUAUAUAUAUACGUAUAUAUAUAUUUCUUGUUAUUAAUGAUAAUUGACUAUUGACACGAGGAGAUACUUGGAACAGUAUUAAAGACAAAACUAUAUACUCGUCCACGCGUGAUCGGGGAACAACGAAACAACCUCACACUGUGAAAAAAAUACAAACAUAUAAACAUAGUUUUGUUUCUUUUUUUUUUUUUUAUUUAUUUUUUUGAAUUUCAAACUGCUACGCGCUUUAACCAAAGAAGGAAGAUGUCGUUUCUCAAUGGAUACUCAACGUACAAUUCCCAGUCGCAGAGUGCUACCUCUCCACCGAGAACCAGUAUCUGGGGUAGUUCUCACAGCCCAUUUCGAAGCACGAAUUUGACCCUUCAGGAUAUCACGAUAGAUCACACGCUUCCUUGUAUAAAUGGCACACAUGGAAGGUCUCCAGGUAAGGCGGCGACCACAGGGCCUGGACUCGGCGCAAUCAGAGGCGUACCGGGCACCGUCCAAGGGACCGGAGGCAGAACAAUGAAGGAAUACGAGGAUCAGCUUGGCAUGCUGAAGAAGGAGAACUUCAACCUUAAGCUGCGGAUAUAUUUUCUUGAGGAAAGGAUGGGCAUCACAUCUGCGGAUGAAGAUGCGAUCAAGAAAAAUAUCGAACUUAAGGUCGAGGUCGAGUCACUGAGAAAAGAACUGAUUGAGAAGCAGGAUCUUCUCAGCCAGGCAGCCAAGGCUUUUGAACUUAUCGAAAAACAGAAAGAAACGUCAUCGCGUAACCAGACUCAGUAUCAACGGUCGCUUGAUUUAGAAAAGGAGAGAAUUGCCGAACUUGAAAAAGAACUUGAAGAGUACAAAGAAAAACUUGCCGAUACCUCGGCGUACUAUAAAGAAGAAUAUGGCAUCACGCCAGAAGAAUCGAUAGAGAAUAAAGAAAAAUUACACCAGAUGGAAGAGCUUGUCGUGGCCUUGGAAGUGGAGGUGAAGCAAAUAACUAGUAGCCUUGAAGAAGAACGUAAUUGGGGUUUGGAAUUGGAGAGUGAGAGAGAUCAGUUGAAGGAGCGUCUUGAAGCUGAGGUUCAACUUAGGGAAGGUUCUAUCGAACAGAGAAAUCAGGAGAUCGAUCAACUGAGGGAAAGAGUCAAACAGUUGGAAGAGCAGAUAUUUAAGUGGGAAAGCCUGUCACAGCAACAGAAGAGUGAGUUGUUAGAAAAGGACAGAAUCAUUAAAGAAAAAAGUCUCCAGCUUGAGGAAAGACUUCGUUCGUGUGAUGAGCUGACCAAUGACUGCGAGAAGAGAAAGAAACAAGUUGAUUCGUUGAGGGCUUCAGUCAAGACGAGAGACGAUGCUCUGAUAGAACUUACAAACAAGCACAAAUCUCUUCUGUCGCAGUUUGAAUGCAAUUCCACAAAACUUAAAACUUGUUCGCCGCCAAGGAGCCCGACGACACCAAACUCUGUUGAUGAUUUUCAUCUGCAAACGACGAUGGGCCAAAGAUUGAGCUGCGUACGGAGUCUAGAUAAGAAAAACACUUCUGUCGACUGGGAGCCAAACAAAGAAAAGUCUUCCAGGCACAGUUCACAGGAUUUCGAGGAACGUGAUAGUGAGAUGAAGCGACACCAAGAAGCCAACAAGCAGUUAACUUUGAAACUUUGUAAUACUCAGAAGACUGUUGAGGCUGCUGAUCAAAAAUACAAGAAGCUAACUAUGGAUCACGAAAAGGCACUUAAAACGAUUCAAGGUUUUUUCGAAAGGCAACAGCAAUUGGAGGACAAAUUAGUGAAAAAAGAUCGCAAACUUAUGGAAUUAGAAGUUGAACUGAGCAGACUGAGGAGUCAGGAUUGCACAAAGUCUAAUCGCAGAGUCCCAUCAGCUAGACGUGAUCUAACCAGUGAGAUGUCUGACGACCCGGAACGGGACCCAUGCAAUCAGCAACGCUUUGAGGAAAUGGAGAGCAAGAUUAACGACCUGAGAGUACAAAUCGAUACUAUUAAGGCUGAGAAGAGUAAACUGGAAAUGCAGAUUCAAGCUGAAUCCCAGGAGGUACAAGAACAACUGAAAGAUCGAGAACAGAAAAUAGUGUCUUUAGAAUCUGAGAAAAACACAAUACGCGUUGAGUUAACAGAGAAAGUUGUCGAACUGGAUAAAUUAAAGGAAGCCUAUAAUCAGGCAAGUCUUAAAAUCGAAGAAAGCUGCCGAACAAACGAGUUAGGCGACGAGUAUAGCCUGCGAGAAGAGCUGCUGUUGAAAAAUGCAUUGAUUGAGGAGAAGGAUAAAAAAAUUGAACAAUUGAGCAAAGAGUUACAAAUUCGAACGCAGAAUCUACAAAAACUUGUCAACACAGAAUUAUGGAGCAAGAAUAAAGAGAUUGCCAAAUUACAUAAUCACAUGACUGCAACCCAUAGUCAUGAAAGGAGCAGAAACAGGUCUGAAUCAGCCUUGGAUAAUUCUGGAUUGCAAGUAACAACUUUGAUCAAAGAACUGUCAGACCUUGGUAUACAAGUCAAAAUUGUAAAUGACGCUGUACAAUUGAAUUACGUCAAUGGAAAUGAGUCAAUAGACUUAAAAGUGACAAAAAAUUACUUAGAAACCCUUUUAGAACAACGAAACGAGUUGGAAAAGGAAAUAGAUUACCUCAAAUGGUUGAAGCUUAUUACUAAACCUGAUAUAACUAAUGAAAUUGAAAGCUCUGGGUCAGAAACCGAGAGAGCUCGGAAGUAUUGUGAAUUAUUGCGAACGCAUCUUAAGGAGUUGGUCAGAUUUAUGAAAGAAAUGUUGAGAAAAGCUAAUCAUUCAGAUAUAAUUAGUAUGGAACAUAAAAAAAUAGUGCUGGACGUAUUUUUGGAUUCUAAAAUUUUACCCGAUGAUUUUAUACACUCUUUUGAAGAAAUACCCGGUGGUGAUGCAGUUGGAGAUCACUCUUCUCGACGUCAUUUUGCCGAAGAACAUUUAGUUGAUAGUGUUGGGAAGAAGAGUAACACCGAAAAUUUACUGGGAGUGCGAAAGAAUCAAAAUUCGAUUCACUCAGAUUCAGAGGCAUUUUCAGAGCCAGACAGAACAGUUUCGCUCGCUAGAAUUGGACUACAAGAGCUGAAUCAUAAAACUAGCAACAAACAUAGAUUCUCUAAGUAUACAAAGACGUUUAGUGACUCUGAGGACUCUAUGGAUUAUGUUCCUUACCAUAAGACUUACCAGAGCGACUUGAAUGACACAGAUGAGACAAGUAAUAUACAGGAACUAAAAGAAACCAACAAUCAGUUAUACUCGGAACUGAAUGCUCUCAGGAAUGAGCUUGCAAGGAAAACUUUAUUCGAUGAUAGAUUCGACGAAAAAUUGGCACCUUUAAUCGCAAAGCUGGAACAUUCACAGAGAUUUUGUGAAAAAUUGCAGGCGUCGCUAGAAAAAAGAAUGAAUGAAUGCUACACACUGAAAAAAGAAAGCAAACAAAACAGCAUACGAAAAGCACAAUUGGAGAAAAAGAUAUCGGAGGUUGAAGAUAUGGCUAUUGAAUUGACUAAACAAAAGGCGGAUCUUUUACAUUCUAAAGAAAGCGCUGAGAGACAAACCUGUGAAAUGCUAACAGCGCUCAAUAGAGAAAAUGACACGCUGCGAACAAAGAUUAAAAAAAUGGAAGAUGAAAUGGAGGUAACUAAAACGAAUUUGGCAACAAUAACGAAAGAAAUCGAUCAAUUGACACUUUCUCACUCCCAAGUUCUUGUUGAAAAUACAAAACUGAUCAAUGAAAAGCUGAGGCUGGAACAAGAUGCGCGAAAAAACGACAGUCGAUAUGAUAAUGCACUACGGUCUCUGCACGAGAAAUAUACCAAAGAGAUAGCAGACCUGAAUCAAGUCAACGAUUUGCAGCGAUCACGUAUGCAGGAAUUGGAAAUGGUAAACAAAGAGUUACGAAGACAUGUCGUAACUUGCGAGGCCAGUGAUUCCGCGCCAAGUUCGAGUGGUAUUUCAUCCAUUCCAACUGACACAACGAUUAAACAAAGUUGUGACGAUAUAAUCCAAGAAUAUCAUUCCUACAACGGCUCUCAGUAUUGGUUGCCAAUAAAUUAUCCGAAUCUUACGGGUCGUAGUAAGUCUAGCUGUUCCCCUGACUUAGGAAUCGAGAGCGAUGCGGCACUAACGACUACAACACGACCUUUGAAAGAUACUUUGAAAAUAACCGAAUCUAUGACAAAUCUUCUCAGCGAGGAUGAGAACUGUAAUACAAGCCGAGAACUCAGAGAUUUAGACAGUGAAAGCCCGCUGCCUACAGAAGGUGGGCAUACAUAUAGUAGUCUGAACGAAAUGGAAGUGUUGAAGCAGGAAAACGAGGCACUGAAGCGACGACUGAUGAAAACUAGAAGAGCUUUGGAAGAUACAUUUCAGCAUCUUUCUGCAUCGAAUAAAAAUAAAAAAAAUGUUGAAAAGGCUAUAACUAAGCAGCUCAUGAUAACAAAAACAAUAUUAAAAAAAACUAGGACUUACGAAGAGUCGUUUGAAAAUUGAAAAUUGAAAGUUGAAUAUCAAGUAAUGAAAAAUCUAACGAAGCGUGAUGUUACUCGUAUAUUGUUGUUUGUUUGUUACUAUACAUACGUUGCAUUGUUGCCUGCUAGAGCAUGCAAUGAUCUCUCUUUUUUUUUCAUAUCUAAACUGAAGCGACUGAGAUGAAUGAUGAUUAUUACUACGUAUUGUAUUGUAUGUAAUGAAACAUAUUUUCUUAUCGUGCCACUAUUAGGCAAUGUUUUUCCUUUUCUUUUUUGUAAAGAAGACAUUUUUCUUUAAUAUAUGUAUGUGAUGUGCGGUGUAUGCAUUGAGAUUUGUAAAUAGGUAUUUUUUUCUAAUUAGUUAAAUUAGUAAGGAUUCAUAAUAAAAGAUUUUGAAAACAUUGCGUGAUUGCUUAUAACUGCAUCUCGGAGUUAAAAAAUGUGAAUAAAUAUAUAACUGUAUAUAUUACUACAUCUAUACAUCUCAUUAUAGCAUCUGUAAAUAGCCCAUGUAAUAAAAUAUCUGACAUUUGCAUUUUA